CAUGGCCGAGCCGGAAAACCAUGACAAACCAGAGCAGGCAUCUGCAGACACCACUGCUGCCACCACCGCCGCCACUACUCCAACCCCUCCAACGGGGCCGGAGGCAGGGGCAGAGGCGCCGGAACAGCCGGACCCCUCCAGGAUAGAGGUGGUCUCUGUGACAGAGGAAGACCUCCCCGAAGUGGACACCCCCACCACGGUGAACGUGAGCCCCCUGGGCAGCUUCAACGCCAACCAGGAACCAGAAGACGAUCCUGCCAAACCCGAAGAGCCCCAGAUCCCAGCUGCACCCAGUCCCGCCAUGCCAAUCACCAAGGUGCAGCCCUUUAUGACUGAGGACGACUUGGAGGAGAAGACAUGGAGGGGCAGACUGCUAGCCCGCCGGAUGGAGCUGCUGAUUGGCUCCUGCCUCGUCCUGGUGGUCAUUCUCGCUCUCGGCAUCGGCCUUGGAGUGGCUCUUAGCUGCAUGGGGAAGUUUCACUGUGGCUCGUCUUCUCGCUGCAUCAGCAGCUCGGCCCAGUGUGACGGAGCGGUGGACUGUGAACAUGGAGAAGACGAACUCAGCUGUGUGCGUCUGAGUGGGAAGAGCUCGGUGCUGCAGGUUCUCAGUGGAGGAACGUGGAGGACGGUGUGUUCAGAGGACUGGAACAACGUCCUGGGCUUCUCCGCCUGCAAACAGCUGGGAUACUCCAGGUACGUGGAGUCGCAGUCCCUCCCUCUGUCCUCCAUCGAGCAGGACUUCCAGCACAACCUGGUGUCCAUCCACCUGAGUCAGACUGGGUCACAGAUCAUUAAGAUCCACAACACCACCAUCCACAGUAAGAGUCAGUGCAGCUCAGGGAAGGUGACCACACUGAAAUGCCUGGAGUGCGGCUCCAGGCCUCAGUACCGUCCCCGUAUCGUCGGGGGGAACGUCUCCGGGCCGGGCCAGUUCCCCUGGCAGGUCAGCCUCCACUACAAGAGCGAGCACAUGUGUGGAGGCUCCAUUGUCGCCUCCCGCUGGAUCCUCACGGCCGCACACUGUGUGUUCGGGUUUGCACACCCCACAGUGUGGAGCGUUCACGUGGGGCUGACGGAGCAGCCCAUCAACGGGGCCCGGGCGCUGGCCGUGGAGCGGAUCAUCUACCACGGUCGCUACCGGCCCAAAGGACUGGACUACGACAUCGCGCUGAUGAAACUGGCCCAGCCGCUCAUUUUCAACGGCUUUGUGGAGCCCAUCUGCCUGCCCAACUUUGGGGAGCAGUUUGAGGAGGGGACCAUGUGCUGGAUCUCAGGAUGGGGCGCCACAGAGGACGGAGGAGAGGGCAGUAUGGCUCUGCACUCGGCCCGCGUGCCGCUCAUUUCCACCAAGGUGUGCAGCCAGCCCGGGGUUUAUCAGGGCUUCAUCACACCCUGGAUGAUCUGUGCCGGAUACCUGGAGGGAGGAACUGACUCUUGUCAGGGAGACAGCGGAGGCCCUCUGGCCUGUGAGGACUCGUCGGUAUGGAAGCUGGUUGGGGCGACCAGCUGGGGAAUGGGCUGCGCCGAGAGGAACAAGCCGGGGGUUUACACUCGCAUCACAAAGUCGCUCAACUGGAUCCACCAACAGAUGGAGAGAGAAGAGGCUUACAACUCUCCAACAGUCAGCACAGACAACUGAAUCGAUGACUGAUUUUGUCUGAAAAUGUGUACAAACUGGCAGCAAAAGGCAGGAUGUUCCAGCAUUUGUGUUACAUGUGGAGACAUAACGGCUGAACCAGUGACAACUUGAGCAUACUGGGUUUGCAAAACACUUGAAAACUCAAAGACAGACAAGUUUCUCACAAACAAAAACCCUGGGAUAUAAACCCUAUCGCAGAGGGAGACAAAUCAUCUUUGGAGGCAAAGGCAAGAGAGCGGAAUGAAGACGCGGUGGACGACAGAG